UUUUAAAGCAACUCCAGUAACCAGUCACUAUGGACGAGACCAACUCCCAGAGGGAUAGAGCACGAUCUCAGCUAUAUCAGGCACUUAAACCGUACCUUUUCUAUAGCCAGCUCAUGUGUAGUUCACCAUAUCCGGUGGAAAGUUUACAGGGCAAUACCGGCAUGGGGCUUAAUCCGAGAUCGUAUUUCAAAUCGGCACGCUUUCUGCUAACUGCCGCCUUACUGGCCUAUACCAUUAUAUGUAGUUUGGAAGCCAUGGUAGAACUGAUCGCUGUCCCGAUGCCGUUCUUUACCGGUGUGCUGUACGUGAACGAGGUAGUCCUCGGAGUGAUGCUCAGUUUGAUGACCACUGGACGAGGCUACAAGGAAGGAAAACAUUAUGAUCGAUUUGUAACGAGCAUCCUGACGGUCGCCGAAGCUCUACCGCCCAGCGAGUGGAAGAAAAUUCUAUCCAGCGUUCAGUCUAGAUUGCGGUUCACCUGCACGGGCUUGGUGGUCGUCAUUAUGCUGUGCCUCAUUUGCGACUACGUGCACUUUGGCAGCGUGAAGGCGACCAUGUUCAGCUUGGGCGCGUACAUGAUGCCAAACAUGUUGGUAAUGCUAUCCUUCCUGCAAUGUUGCUUCGGAACCGUGCUGAUCCAUCGCCUCCUGAAAAAUAUGAGACAUCGAUUGAGCUCCGAAGAACUGGCCCGGUGUGAUCCGAUGGAGCGCGUUGUGGAAACCGAGCGGCACUACAUUCAGCUUACCGCUUGCAUGGAGCUUAUCGUUCGUUCCUUCGAGUAUCUUAUCGUGAUCAGCACAUUUGCCGGUAUCAAUGUGACCAGCCUGCAGCUACUUGAAAUCUACCAACACCUGCAGCAGAUCGACGCGAGCGAAGUGUACAUAAUGUACAAUAUCUUCUGGAUCUUGAUGCAGCUGUGCAUUCUGCUGACGGUACUCUAUCCAUGUCAUUUGGUCAAGCAGGAGGUAGAGUAA